ACCUCGCCGGGCCGGCGAGGGCAAAGGGGCUGUGGCGACGCCAUGCCCGGGCCGGAGUGAGUGAGCGCGGGCGAAGAUGGCGUACAUCCAGUUGGAACCACUGAACGAGGGCUUUCUUUCCAGAAUCUCUGAUGUGCUGCUGUGUGGUUGGACUUGUCAACACUGCUGUCGAAGGUGCUACGAGUCCAGCUGCUGCCAGUCCAGUGAGGAUGAAGUGGAGAUCUUGGGACCUUUCCCUGCCCAGACUCCUCCGUGGCUACUGGCCAGCCGGAGCAACGACAAGGAUGGGGACUCUGUCCAUACAGCCAGUGAUGUUCCUUUGACCCCAAGGACCAACUCCCCUGAUGGGAGACGCUCAUCCUCAGACACAUCCAAGUCCACGUACAGCCUGACUCGGAGAAUCUCCAGUCUGGAUUCCCGGCGCCCCAGCUCCCCGCUCAUUGACAUCAAACCCAUCGAGUUCGGCCUCCUCAGCGCCAAGAAGGAGCCCAUCCAGCCAUCCGUGCUGCGCCGGCCCUACACCCCCGACGACUACUUCAGGAAGUUUGAGCCCCGACUCUACUCCCCGGACUCCAACCUGGAUGACGUGGACUGCCUGACCGACGAGGAGCUCAUGGCCAAGUACCAGCUGGGUAUGCUGCACUUCAGCACCCAGUAUGACCUGCUGCACAACCACCUCGCCGUGAGGGUGAUCGAGGCCCGGGACCUGCCACCCCCCAUCUCCCACGACGGCUCCCGCCAGGACAUGGCCCACUCCAACCCCUACGUCAAGAUCUGCCUGCUGCCCGACCAGAAGAACUCCAAGCAGACGGGAGUCAAACGCAAGACCCAGAGGCCCGUGUUCGAGGAACGCUAUACCUUCGAGAUCCCCUUUCUGGAGGCGCAGAGGCGGACCCUGCUGCUCACGGUGGUGGACUUUGACAAAUUCUCCCGCCACUGCGUGAUCGGCAAGGUGGCCGUGCCCUUGUGCGAGGUGGACUUGGUGAAGGGCGGCCACUGGUGGAAGGCUCUGAUCCCCAGUUCGCAGAAUGAAGUGGAACUGGGGGAGCUGCUUCUGUCUCUAAAUUAUCUCCCAAGUGCUGGGAGACUGAAUGUGGACAUCAUUCGAGCCAAGCAACUCCUGCAGACAGAUGUGAGCCAAGGUUCAGACCCAUUUGUGAAAAUCCAGCUGGUACAUGGACUCAAACUUGUGAAAACCAAGAAGACAUCAUUCUUACGAGGCACAAUCGAUCCCUUUUACAAUGAAUCCUUCAGCUUCAAAGUUCCCCAGGAGGAACUGGAAAACGCCAGCCUAGUAUUCACAGUGUUCGGUCACAACAUGAAAAGCAGCAAUGACUUCAUCGGGAGGAUUGUCAUCGGCCAGUACUCCUCCGGCCCCUCAGAGUCCAACCACUGGCGGCGGAUGCUCAACACCCACCGCACGGCUGUGGAGCAGUGGCACAGCCUGAGGUCCCGGGCUGAGUGUGACCGAGUGUCUCCUGCCUCCCUGGAGGUGACCUGAUCGCCGGAGAGAAGGCAACCUUCGUUUGUUUAAAAAAGAGAGAGAGAAAGAGAAACAAAUGUGUCACGUAAACGUCCAACCCACACCUACAUAUACUUUCACACAUGUGCACGAGCUUACACAAAGCCCUCUCGGCACUGAGAGGAGGCUGACCGUUGGCCAUACAGGAGCCACCCUCGUUGGGGGAAGCUUGUGAAGUUUCCGGAAACUCCAUUCACGCAUAAAUCACGAGCUGGGUGGGUUCUGCUAUGGGACUUCUGAGCAGUGCCCCUAAAUGUACUUUCAACCCUCAGGCCAGAGAAAGAAGGCCUUCCUGAAAAGAGCCUGACUCGGUUUACCAGGAGUUUGGCUGAUAUGUGGGGGGCUUGAUCCACACCUCAGAAACAUACCUUCCAGGAAACUUCUGAACAGGCCAUUUCUUUCUUGGGGCCUCCACCCGUGAUACCUUUCUCCAAAGGUAUAAGUAUCUUUCUCCUUAGUACAUGUGAAAACUAGAUUAGACUCUUUGGAGAGAACAGGGGGGGCAAGAGGAGGUAACCCAGGGUCAGGAGCCUAGGUUUAUCUGAUUUGUCUUUGUGUUAGCUUAUUUCUGGGACUCGCUGUGGGUACGUGUGCGUAUGUUAUCAUGCGUGCCUACUCAUCCCGUUAGACAGCAAGGUGGUGGCCAGGGCCUUCAUGCUCGAAGCUCCCUUACCUCUGCCUUUCAUCCAAUGCAAGCUUACCCCAUAUCCUCCCACCUAUCAGAGACUCCCCCCCCCCACCUCAGGUAGCGAUAGAUCGCGUGUCCGUAAAUAGGGUUACAAUAGAGCAAAAGUAACGUGUGUGACUGGAUUGUGGUGGUUAUGACCUGUCAGGGGUCUGGCACGUGAAUGAAAAUGGUGCCACAUCCCUCCACCAUGACCCUUAACCAUAUACUCCGAUGAGCCUUCUGUGUUUUGCGUGUGCACUGGUCGAGUCUCGUGUGUUAAGGCUUUAGUAGCUAGAAUAGACUCCUCCCCCGUGGGAUGCUUCUGUAUCUUUCUCCACAGUGUAUUGUCCUCUGUGGCGGGGAGCUGUUUGUUGUCCAAAUUAAAGAUUAUUUAUUUGUGCCAUG